AUGCCAGUGACUAGAUCAGUAGGUCGCCAGGCCGCUUCGGCAGUCGCGACUGGUACGCCGGCUACGACGACCGACACUACCAGCGCAACGGGGACAACGACGGAGGCCACGCAGACGUCCGUGACUGAAAUCACGGAAGGAUCAUCGCAGCCGACCGUCGCCGGUGUCGCCGUGGAGGAGCAGCAAGCCGCCACAGCGAAGCCCCCGCAACCGCCGACCGGAAGCAAGCCAGCUUCCACAACGAAGCGAUCUUCCAAAGCUCAUCGUGUCGCCCAAGCCAAGACUGAACUCGCCCGGCUGAGAUUGGAGCUCGCCGCCGCAAAGCUGGCUGAAAUUGCAGCCGCCGACAGCGACGAAGACGACGUCGACUCUGUCAUCAGCGUUGCGGAGGCCGAGCAAUCUCGGCGUGUCGACAGUUGGCUUCGAGAGAGCCAACACCAACCGCCGCCUGAAGAGAACGUGCCAGCGACCGCAGCCGUGUCCUGGCGCGCCUCGGCGCCUACACCGGCGGGAGUCACUGCCGCACACCCGCCGUCUCAGCGCCCCGGAGCUACGCAGCCGUUGCCGGCGACCGCCGCCGUGUCCCGGCAACCCGCCACCGCUGCGCCAGCCUUCGUGCCAGCGACCGCCGCCGCGUCCUGGCAGCCAGCCGCCGCUGCGCAAGCCUUCGAGCCAGUGACCGCCGCCGCGCCCUGGCAACAGUUGCAGCCAACGAUCGCUGCCGCACCGUGGCAGCCUCGCAACUACUUCGCACAGGCGCCGCCAGUGAUCGCCGCCUGGCACAACAGCAAGGAGGUGUCGAGACAGUUUCCUGCCAACACCGACGUCUCAAAACCGAACGUGAGCUGCGUGAAGGAGCCCGCAGUCAACUCAGCAAACACUCAACAAGGAGCAGUGAAAACGGAGCUGCAGGAGUUAGCUUCGGCGAUUACGCAGGCAGUGCAGGCCGCAAAUUAUAAGCAACCACUGAGGUAUGUCGAGUUACCCAUAUUUAAUGGUGCACAUCAAGAGUGGUUAACCUUUCGUGCCGCGUAUUGUGAGACGUCCCAUCACUUCACGGAGGUCGAGAAUAUGUCCCGACUACGCCGCAGCCUCCGUGGGAUAGCGAAGGACGCAGUGCAAGGCCUAUUGAUCACGAAUGCAGACCCGGCCGGGGUCAUGAAGACACUAGAGACUCGCUUCGGUCGACCCGAGUCCAUUGCCAUGGCGGAGAUGGACAGAUUGCGCGCGCUGCCGAGACUCACCGAGUCACCGCGCGACUUAUGCACCUUCGCCACUAGAAUACAGAAUAUCGUCGGGACUUUACAAGCGCUCAAUUGCACCUUUUAUAUGUACAAUCCAGAGUUGACUAAAGGUUUAACAGAGAAGCUCACGCCUACGCUCAAGAGGCAAUGGUACGAGUACGCCGCAUCGCAACUAGCCGGACUACCGGACCUCGUGAAGUUCAACAACUUCGUGAUGCGGGAGGCCGAGUUCUGCAGUCCGUUCGCCGCCGCCGAGACGAUCGUCGACCGCACUCCGAGCAAGAACAGUGACGGAAUGCAGCGACGACAACAGCGGGUACACGCCGCUACCGAAAGAACGGACGAAGCAAUGUGCAGUCUGUGUGCGCGACAGGGCCACACAAUCGCCGACUGCACAAGAUUCGCCAACGCCGACGUCAACACUAGAUGGGAUGAAGCAAAGAAGCGCAACCUGUGCUUCCGAUGCCUGAGACGUCGGAACAAGCAGCACAGGUGCAAAUCGAAGCAAUGUGACAUCGACGGGUGCGAGCGCUAUCAUCAUCGCAUGCUUCACUCGACACACAAGCCUGUCGAGUCGAAAAGUGAAGAGCAGCACAACAACGAGCAAGUCAACUCUGCGUGGGUGCCGCGAGUGUCCUUCCUCAAGAUAGCUCCCGUACGCAUCUUCGGCCCGAGAAAAGCAGUCGACACCUUUGCGCUCCUCGACGACGGAUCCACAGUCUCCCUGGUAGACGACGACCUCGCGAAGAGCAUCGGGAUCGACGGACCGGAGGAGCCGCUGCACAUAUGCACGUACGACGGGACGACCAGGAACAACGCCGGAUCACGCCGAGUGUCGUUCAAAAUCAGAGGACAAGGUGAGAACCUCCGCACCCAACAGAUCGACGCACACACCGUGAACGACUUGAAGCUCGCCACACAGAAGAUAUCCCGAGAAGCUGUUCGAGACUGCCGACACCUGGACGAAUUCGUCGCGCAUCUCGACCCUCGGGAAGUUCGCCCUCGCAUCCUCAUCGGGCAAGACAACUGGCAUCUGCUGUUGGCAACAAGAACCAAGAAGGGUAAGAGAAACCAACCCGUAGCAUCAUUAACUCCGUUGGGUUGGGUAGUGCAUGGCAGCCGUUCAAGAGCCCUCGAAAAUCGGGUGAAUUUCAUCAAUUACACCGCAGCCGCAGAUGAACACAUGCAGAAGUUGGUUGAAGAAUAUAUCACAACGGACAACAUGUACAUUCAACCCAAGAUGCCACAGAACACCAUGGAAGAGAAGGCGUUGAAAAUAUUGGAAGGAAAAACAACGCGAAUGCCCGAUGGAAGAUACCAGACCGGCCUACUGUGGAAGUCUGAAGAAGUCAACAUGCCGUGCAACUACCAGAACACAUUGAAGCGAUUGCACAACGUUGAGCGCAAACUCGACAAGGACCCGCAGCUUAGAUGCAGAUACUCGGAGCAGAUGGAGGCGCUAAUUCGCAAGGGAUAUGCAGAGCCAGCAGUCCCGACGACGUCGAUGAAGAAGUGGUACCUCCCGCACUUCGCGGUGAUCAACGCGAAGAAACCCGACAAGCUGCGAGUGGUGCACGACGCGGCUGCAAAGACCAGAGGUGUGUCUUUAAAUGACUAUUUAUACACAGGUCCUGACUUAUUGCAGCCGCUUCCCGGGAUACUUAUGCGUUUCCGGGAACACCCGUUCGCGAUCACAGCGGACAUUUCGGAGAUGUUUCUCCAAAUACAACUCCGAGAAGAGGACCGGGACGCCUUGCGCUAUCUCUGGCGAGGCACCCGACGAGACGACAAGCCUCCGCAAGAAUACAGAAUGAAGACGCUCAUCUUUGGUGCUUCGAGUUCGCCCUCAACGGCGAUAUUCGUAAUGAACCUCAACGCCGAGAGGUUCAAAGAAGAGUGUCCGGAGGCGGUCGCAGCCAUAAGAAGCAAACACUAUAUGGACGACUACAUAGACAGCUUCGAGACAUUAGAAAAGGCUAAGGAAAUCGCCAAGCAAGUCCGAAGAAUCCACAGCGAAGCCCACUUCGAACUCAAGAAAUGGGCCUCGAACUCGCCCGAACUAUUGAAGGCCCUGGGCGAGAAGUCAAGCAGCGAAACAGUCAACAUUCAAGACAAGCACGAGAGAGUCCUCGGGUUAAUCUGGCGUCCAAAAGAAGAUCAACUGGCCUUCGAUCUGCGCCUCGUCGACGUCCCACCGAGCCUGCUGCAAGACGAAGUUCCUACGAAACGUCAAGCUUUAAAGAUUGUUAUGUCAGUUUUUGAUCCCUUAGGACUUCUCUCUCCGCUGACAAUCAAGCCGAAGCAGCUGCUGCAGGAAGUCUGGAGACGCGGAACGCCGUGGGACGACCGACUCGACGCAGACAUAGCCGCCAGUUGGAGCAGAUGGCUGACACAAUUGAAGGCUGCCAGCAACAUCGCAGUGCCGCGGUGUUACCUGAGCUACAGCACCGCAUCUCGCCUCGAGCUUCACGUCUUCACAGACGCCAGUGAAUCGGCGUAUGCAGCGGUCCUGUACUGGCGCACCGUGGACAGCGACGGGACAACCGCGGUGACACUACUCACUGCUAAGGCGAAAGUGGCACCUCUCAAGCUGCUUUCGAUCCCGCGAAUGGAGCUGCAAGCUGCGGUUCUCGGGACACGGAUGGCGAUAGCAGUGAAAAAUGAACACCAACACAAGCCGGACUCGACCACGUUCUGGACGGACAGCCGAACAACUCUGUGCUGGAUCCGCACGGGUGCUCGAGCCUUCAAGCCAUACGUCGCGCACCGCAUCGCAGCCAUUGAAGAGGGCAGCAGAGUUCCAGAGUGGAGAUGGGUGCCUACGAAGUGGAACGUGGCCGACGACGCAACACGCGGCACGCCAGCGGACUUCGGCGCCGAGCAUCGCUGGUUCCACGGUCCAGAUUUCCUGCGAGAAAAACCCGAAGCCUGGCCAAUAGAAAAGGACCCUCAGCCCGCACACACUACGGGCGAGGAAAGGAGCCACGCCGUAUUCGCCAUCGCUCAAAAACAACACUUGAGCGAUGCCAUACCGGACGUGCAACGCUUCUCAUCGUGGCUACGUUAUCUGCGAGCGACAGCAAGAGUUCUAAAAGCCAUCCAGAUACUACGCCAGCGGACGCAGAGAAUACACUACAAAAGAACGAAGAAACGUCCCAGCCAAGAUCCGGAUUGGAAAAACAACAAGGCGAGCGACGCAAAGCAACCCAAGCCCGCGGUGAGCAAGAGGAGCGACUUCGUGAUAUUGCCCGCCGAGCUACAGCAUCGCGCCGAAACGCUAAUCAUAAGAGCGUCGCAAGAAGAAGCCUUCGAAGCCGAGUUGCGUGCACUAACAAACGGCACGCAACUACCCCGAGACAGCCGGCUCUAUCCCCUCAGCACUCACAUAUCUGAGGGGAUCAUAAGGCUCAAGAGUCGAAUCACCGCCGCCAUCGGAGUCUCAGAGAAUAUGAAGAAUCCGCCGAUAGUGGACGGCGGACACCUCGCAACUAAGCUGUGGAUAAAACACAUUCACGAGCUAUUGCAUCACGCCGGCACCGAAAGUACGGUAAAUCAAUGCCGACAAUACCGUUGGGUUAUACGACUGCGACCCACGGUGAAAGAAAUCAUCUCAAGAUGCCUGAAGUGCCGAAUGAAGAUGGUCAACCCGCCGCAGCCGAUCACCGGAGACCUGCCGCCCUGCAGAUUGGCACACCACCAGAGACCGUUCACUUACACCGGUCUCGACUACUUCGGCCCGCUGACAAUAACCGUCGGCAGGGCGCACCAGAAGCGAUACGUGACGCUCUUCACGUGCCUCACCGUUCGAGCAGUGCAUUUGGAGAUCGUGCAUUCUCUGAGCACGGACUCCGCCAUCAUGGCGUUGAGACGAAUGAUCGCACGCCGCGGAUGCCCCGCGGAGAUAUGGAGUGACAACGCGACGAACUUCCACGGCGCAGAAAAGGAGCUGCGACACAUGCUGCAGGACGGCGCGGAACGAGAGGCGUCAAGAAGAGCCAUACGGUGGCGCUUCAUCCCUCCAGGAGCGCCAUUCAUGGGAGGCGCCUGGGAGAGACUGGUACGAUCCGUAAAGACUGCACUCACCGUGGUCUUACGAGAAAAGCACCCAAGAGAAGAAACACUCAGCACACUGCUCGCCGAGGUCGAGAACACCGUGAACAGCCGCCCGCUGACACACGUCUCGGUCAGCCCUGAAGACCCGGAAGCUCUGACACCCAACCACUUCUUGUUGGGCUGCCAGGGACCGAUCGUCACACCGGGAUUCUCCGAGGACUACGGCUACGGAUCAAACAUCAAUCUACGCGCAGCACAACAGUUAGCCAACGAAUUCUGGGCGCGAUGGCUAAGAGAAUAUUUACCGGAGCUGCGAAACCGGCGGGAGCCGCAUGGAAGAGGACCGACGCUUCACACAGGCGACCUGGUGCGGAUCGUCGACGGCAACUUACCAAGGAACGCGUGGGUACGAGGCAAGAUCAUCGCGACUCACCCGGGACCGGACGGCAUCGUGCGCACCGUGGACAUCGCAACGAGAGGCGGAGUCCUACGAAGACCGACGAAAAAGGUCAUAGUAAUCCUGCCGGCCUGCGAAACAGCGACCUGCACCCGUCAAGGAGAUGUAUCGCCCCCAGCAGGCGAUACACGGCGGGAGGAUGUGCAGGAUGAUUAAAACAUUCAGCAAAAAUUAAAAAUGCAGGGUGACCGAUAUACGCAGGCGAAGAAAACAAGAGAGAGGGAAACAUCUUCCGUCUCGACCACACACACACGGAGCGAGAGAGAAACAUCUUCCGUCUCGCUCACAC